AUGCGGCUGCGGCUCCUAGCGCUGGCGGCGGCUAUACUGCUGGGACUGGUCCCAGAGAUAUGUGGCGCUCUCAAUGUCACCGUGUCCCCAGGACCUGUGGUGGACUACUUGGAAGGGGAAAAUGCCACUCUCCUCUGCCACGUCUCCCAGAAGAGACGGAAGGACAGCCUGCUGGCCGUGCGCUGGUUCUUCGCCCCCGAUGGCUCUCAGGAGGCCUUGAUGGUAAAGAUGACGAAGCUUCGGGUGAUCCAGUACUAUGGGAACUUCAGCCGCAUUGCCAACCAACAGAGGCUGCGCCUGCUCGAGGAGCGUCGAGGGGUGCUGUACAAACUGUCUGUCCUGAUGCUCCGGCCGGCGGAUCAAGGGCAGUAUGUCUGCAAAGUGCAAGAAAUCAGCAAACUCCGGAACAAGUGGACAGCCUGGUCCAAUGGCUCCUCGGCCACAGAAAUGAGAGUGAUCUCCCUCAAGGCUGAUGAAGAUUCAUCGUUUGAGAAAAAGAAGGUGACUUGGGCUUUUUUUGAAGAUCUCUAUGUGUACGCUGUCCUUGUGUGCUGCGUGGGGAUCCUCAGCGUUCUGCUCUUCACCCUGGUCAUUGCCUGGCAGUCUGUGUUUCACAAGAGGAAAUCAAGAGUGAGACAUUAUUUGGUGAAAUGCCCCCAGAACAGCUCAGGAGAGACUGUCACCAGUGUGACCAGCUUAUCCCCACUGCAGCCACAGAAGGGUAGGAGGCAUAAGAAGAAGGCAGAUGUUCCACCUGCGGUCCCUGCCAAAGCACCGAUAGCCACCACUUUCCACAAACCAAAGCUGCUGAAACCACAGAGGAAAGUCGCCCUGCCCAAGAUCACCGAGGAAAACUUGACCUACGCCGAGCUGGAGCUGAUCAAACCACACCAGGCUGCCAAAGGCGUCCCCACCAGCACCGUGUAUGCACAGAUCCUCUUCGAGGAGAACCAGCUGUAGUGAUGGCUUCCUCUCAGGCUGUCACCUGCGCUCCCAGUUAUUUAUGACACUCAGAAACAACGCCCCAGUUUUGUAUUUUCACCUGUGCCUUCAAUGUGAUGGGGAAGCCUCUCCUGGCAGCAUUCUGAUGUCUUCUAAGAGGUACACACUUCCCAGAAGAGAAGGGACCAGCCAGCCCUUGGCCAUGUCUCUGGCCUGAUCCUGAGUGCAAGGACUCUGCUUCUGAGAGCAUCUGCUGAGCCAAUCGUAUCACCCUCUCCUCUUCCUGAGCCUUAAAGUUUUAGGAGGGAAAUUAAAUCUUGAUUCUAAUCUGCCACUCUUGCUCUGUCUAAGACAUCAAGCGCCCAGUUUAUAGCCACAGGAAAUGCCUGCAAAGGUCACAGAGAAAGGUGGGAUGUACAGACUUACUAGUUCUCUGAGGCUCUGGGACACCCAGGGAGCAGCAAGUCACUGGUGGUGAUGGCAGCAGCUACUCAUGAUGGUAUCCAUUGUUUUUAAUGAUGCUCUGAAGCUGGCCAUGUGAGGGCAGGGGUGCUGAUGGUCGAAAGCCUGAGGUCUGACUCAGAAAAUUCUGGUGCCUAUGUCUUUAGACCCAUAGUCCACCAGGGCUGUGGAGCUACAAGAACAGCAUUGUAAAGUGUUUGUCCCCCUUUGGCAGAACGGACCUAGACUCCUAGGAAGACAUCGUUCUCUCUUUUCCUAAGACUCGAGUACCGUUCCAGUGGGUGCAUCACGUAAGUGAGCAAAGUGUGCCGAGCUCGGUCAGCUCCCAUUCCAGAGAGAGCAGAGCCUUUCGCCAUUCCCUCAGCAUAGAAAUGAAAGGACAAGCCACACUGAGGAAACUAUGUCCAGGAGGAACCAACUCUUGGCAAGUGCUUUGGCCAUCUCAGCCUUGGAUGAGAACCAUGAUGGCCUUAGGUGGCUGUCAGGGGACCUUGGGACAUAAGUCCAUGGGGGAAGUUGCUCUGUGGACCUAAACAAUGUACAAAAAUGUCAGACUUAAUAGAAGUAAGAGAGUCACCUUGGUUUCCAAAGUGCUAUUAAGGAUGCUUCCUGAUGUAUGUGUACUCCGGUGGCCCCUUACCAUACUCUAUAAACAUUGUUUGGCCUGUAAUUUUACAAUGUACAUAUGAUAAAUUAUCUAUUUUAAACACA